CUUCUCUAUAAUAUAAUAUAAAUCAUGAAAAUCAAAAAUGCUUCUGAACUUUUGGCCUCUGCUACGUUCACUCCUAUAAAUAAUACCACAAAAUUAUCACUUCAUCAAACAUUACCAUCAUCACCACCACAACAACAACAAAAAAAACCACAACGUCAAACUGCUGCUCAAAGAAGAGCUGCUCUUUUAGCUCAAAAGACAAUCAUUGCACCUGAUGAAUCAGUAAAAGAUACGCUUACUAUCACCACCACUACUACUACUACUGAAACUACAUCACCUAUCACCGCUACUACAACUGAAAGUAUAUCACCUAUCAUCACAAGUAUUACUGAAACUACAUCAUCAUCUACCACUACAACAAAUGAAACCGUAUCAUGUGAUAAAAAAAUUGAACAAAAAGAAGAAAAUGCUAUACCAACACCUCCAAUCUCUCCUUCUUUGGAUUCUUGUUCUGUAUGCACUGCCUCUUUGGAAGCCAAUUCUCGUAUUUUAUCUGUCAAACGUGAUGGUAAUUUGAAGGCUGUGAUGAUGGAAUUCUCUACUAUGAAAAAGCAAGGAUUGACUUUAACUCAUCAUACUUAUAAUCUUGUCUUGGAUGCUCAUGCUACUUUACGCCGUGAAGGUUCCCCAUUGGCUCCUAUGCUUAGAGUUUAUGAUGAAAUGGUUCGCUCUCGUAUCCAACCAAGUAGUUAUACCUAUACCUUACUUCUUCGUACUCUUUGUCGUCGUGAUGUUGAAGUUCAAAAAACGGUGGCCAUGUUGAAACGCCAAUCUGCAAGAACGGGUCAACUUGUACAAGAUAUUGAUAUUUUAGAAGCCGAAGCCAAUCUAGACAAGGCUAUGGAUCUCUUUGGAAAGGCUACUGCUGCUCAACAUACUCAAGUCUUUGAAGUAGAUCUUUUUAACCAAUUAUUACGCGUCUUGUCUCAUUAUGGUGAUACUGUUCAUGCUUUGGAAGUCUUUACUCAAUUGGAACAAUCUACUAAUGCUUCUCCUAAUGCUGCUACCUUUGCUGCCCUUAUCAACUUGUUUGGUCGUGCUGGUGAUAUUCAAGCUGCUCGUCGCUACUUCGCUAUGUACCAAGAACUGAAACAUGAUAUGGGUGUACAUGAUUCUUCUUACGUUUACAAUGCUUUGGUUGAUUCUCAUUUGAAGUGUGGUCUUUUGGAAGGCGCUAUUCGUGUGAUUGAAAAAGAUAUGAUCCAAGAUGCCGUCAAACUUACCAUCAUUCCUUAUAACUCUGUUAUUCGUCACUAUUGUACCCAAGGUGAAAUGGAAAAGGCUCAUGGGGUUGUCAAUCAAUUGCUUCGUGAUCCUGAACAUCUCCCUCAACCGGAUGCUAGUACUUAUGGUCCUAUUCUUGCCGCUUAUUGUCAUGCUCAUGAUCUUCAAGGUGCUACCGAUGUCUAUGCCGAUUUAAUCAAGACGGAUAUUGCUAAGUCUUAUGGUAAUCUUGCUAACUAUGCUCUUUUGUGUUUGUCCAAAAAUCAAGGUGAAAAAGCUCUUCAAGUAGUUGAAGAUAUGCGUGUCGCUCGUUUGGAACCUGAUCCAGUUUUGGCUUGUCGAAUUAUUUCUUAUUUUAUUCAUUCUGAUGCUGUAGAUCAAUCUAUCUCUGCUCUUCAUACUAUCUUGGGUGUCUUAUCUCCACGUACUUUAGCCAAAGGUCAACGUCUUUUGAUAGAUACUUCUUUACAAUUGGUUUCUACGGUCAAGGAUGUACAUCAAGCUUUACGUGUAGCUCAAGUGACAAGUUGCCUCUGGUUUGGUGGCAAGUUACCGGUUCCUUUAUCCAAGACUUUGGUGCGAUUGUAUCAAGAUAUGGGUGCAUCAUCAUCAUUUACCUUAUCUGAUUACACUAUAUUGUUUGAUGCUGUGAUCAUACUAGCAACGGUACAUCAUCACAAUAGCAAUCAAGUUGAAAUCAAAGGUGUGGAUGAACCAAUGUCUCUUUUCUUAUCUCUAUUAAAGGGAAUGCAAUCUGAUCACUUAUUCCCCUCAUCCAACUUGGUUUCACGGGUGGCGGCUUUUUGGCAAAUGAAAGGUGAUGUUACUGCUGAAGCUACCUGGCGUUCUGCUGUGGAUCCUGUAUGUUCUUCUUCUUCUGAUGAUCAAUCCACGGACGUCAAAUCAACCACCUCAGCAACAACAACAACAACAACAACAGCAACAACUACUACUGAAACGAACUCUGCUGAGAAUGAUUCUUCUACUGUUUUGACACAAGAGGAUGCUACUGUUAGUAUUGAUCUGUUUGAUGUCACUACUUCUCAAGAUAUUAUGAAAUCAGUGAUGCAUGGUCAUAUCAACAAUGCGAUGUCUUCAUUGAAUUCGAUCAUGGCUAGUGACAAGUUACCUUCUCCUGAUUCUUUACGAGAUGCUAUUGCUUUGGUUGGAAAACAAGGUCAUAUGGAUAUGGCGCUCAAGAUGUAUCAAAUUUGUUUGGAAGCAUAUGAAACUAUUGAACAGGAUCAAGGUUAUGAUAAAUCUCAAGCCAUCUAUCUCAUCACUAAUAGUAUAUUGAUUGGUUACGCUCAACAAGGAGAUAUGGCCAAUGCCAAGGUGUAUUAUGAUCAAAUCAAGAAGAUGGGUCUCUUCCCUGAUGGAAAUGGUUAUGCAAGUCUCUUGUUGGGAAGUGCAAAAUGUGCCACUGAUGAAGCUUCUGAUGCAUUGACUAUUUAUGAUGAAGCCAAACGUCAUAAUGUGAAACCUACAACCUUCUUUUAUAAUGUGGUGAUUUCAAAACUGGCCAAGGCACGCAAACUGGAAUCAGCUCUGUAUCUAUUUGAAGAAAUGCGCGAAUUUAAAGUGACUCCAAACUCUAUUACUUAUGGUGCGAUUAUAUCUGCUUGUGUUCGUGCUGGAUCAGAAACACAUGCUCGUCGAUUGUUUGGUGAAAUGUUAUCCUCUCCUUCUUAUCAACCACGUGUGGGACCUUUCAACAACAUGAUGCAAUUUUAUGUGCGACAACAACCCAAUCGUGAACGUGUUCUAGAAUAUUUUGCUGAAUUACGUCGUCGUCACAUCAAACCUUCACCACAUACUUACAAGUUAUUGAUGGAAGCGUAUGCUAGUAUGACACCCUAUGAUAUGCCUACUGCUCAUCGUAUGCUCUCCGAAAUGGAACGCCGUGAUAGGAUCCGACCUCAAGCAACACAUUAUGCUACUUUGAUUUAUGCUUAUGGGACUCUUCAACGUGAUGUACAAAGUGCUGAUCGUGUAUUUGGUGAAAUGGUCAAGUCUCAAGUACCUCCUGAUGAGGCAGUCUAUCAAGCUAUGUUGGAUACAUUGAUUAGUAAUGAUCAUUUGGAACGAGCUGAAGUAAUGUAUCAAGAAAUGUUGGAUACUAUUGAUAAGAGUAGUUCUCCUUAUAUUGAAAAUCUGUUUAUUCGUGGAUAUGGUCAAAAAGGAUUAUUGGACAAGGCUGAAUCAGUAUUCAACAAAAUGACGGAUGACAAAUCUAUGACUAGUUUGGAUAUGUAUGAUAGUGGUGAUAACAAUGAAGAUGUUUCCAACACUAUUGUUGUUCGUGAACCAAGUACUUAUGAAGCUAUGGUACGUGCUUAUUUAGACAAUAAAUUGGUAGACAAGGCAAAAUUGAUUCUGGAUCAAAUGGUACAACGUGAUUUUCCUGGAAAGGUUCUUGCAGUGGUAGCUGAUCUUGUGUUAGAAUAGUUUUUUAUUGUAUAUUUUAUCUCUCCCUUUUUUUUACUUUUAUUCAUUCUUUUUUUUAUUUAUUUUUUUUUGUACAUACACUCCCCCCUC